UUGUAUCAGCGGAAGGACCGCUGCUCUAUGGCCGGAAGCGGAAGUGGGGAGAGGGCACUUCCGGGACGCCGACGUGGAGGGUCGGGGAGGCGGCGGUUGAGGGGGAGGUUGUGAUGCUAACCAAGUUCGAGACCAAAUCGGCUCGGGUGAAAGGGCUCAGCUUCCACCCCAAGCGGCCGUGGAUCCUCACCAGCCUGCAUAAUGGCGUCAUCCAGCUGUGGGACUAUCGCAUGUGCACACUCAUCGACAAGUUCGACGAGCACGAUGGACCUGUUCGAGGUAUUGAUUUCCACAAGCAGCAGCCUCUGUUUGUAUCUGGAGGUGAUGACUAUAAAAUAAAGGUCUGGAAUUACAAACUGCGCCGCUGUCUUUUCACUCUGCUCGGGCAUUUGGACUAUAUCCGCACCACCUUCUUCCACCAUGAAUACCCAUGGAUCUUGAGUGCUUCUGAUGAUCAGACCAUUCGGGUUUGGAACUGGCAGUCCAGAACUUGUGUCUGUGUGCUGACAGGACACAACCACUAUGUGAUGUGUGCCCAAUUUCACCCCUCUGAGGACCUGGUAGUGUCAGCCAGCUUGGAUCAGACUGUACGCGUUUGGGAUAUUUCUGGCCUGAGGAAGAAGAACCUGUCCCCUGGAGCUGUGGAGUCGGAUGUCAGGGGAAUAACUGGGGUGGAUUUAUUUGGGACAACAGAUGCAGUUGUGAAGCACGUUCUUGAGGGCCAUGAUCGUGGAGUGAACUGGGCUGCUUUCCAUCCCACAAUGCCACUGAUCGUGUCAGGAGCUGAUGAUCGACAAGUGAAGAUCUGGAGGAUGAAUGAAUCGAAGGCCUGGGAGGUUGACACUUGCCGGGGGCAUUACAACAAUGUCUCGUGUGCUGUCUUUCACCCCCGGCAGGAGCUGAUCCUCAGCAAUUCAGAAGACAAAAGCAUCCGUGUCUGGGAUAUGUCAAAACGCACGGGUGUCCAGACCUUCCGCCGUGAUCACGAUCGCUUUUGGGUGUUGGCUGCUCAUCCCAAUCUCAACCUCUUUGCUGCAGGCCAUGACGGUGGCAUGAUUGUGUUCAAACUGGAGCGUGAGCGUCCUGCUUAUGCCGUGCAUGGGAAUAUGCUCUAUUAUGUGAAGGACCGAUUCCUCCGCCAGCUUGAUUUUAACAGCUCAAAGGAUGUUGCUGUCAUGCAGCUGCGAAGUGGUUCCAAGUUCCCUGUGUUCAACAUGUCAUACAACCCAGCUGAGAACGCUGUCCUUCUCUGCACAAGAGCAAGCAACUUGGAGAAUAGCACUUAUGACCUAUACACCAUUCCCAAGGAUGCAGACUCCCAAAAUCCAGAUGCCCCCGAAGGGAAGCGCUCCUCCGGGCUAACAGCUGUGUGGGUAGCUCGUAACCGCUUUGCAGUCCUGGAUCGAAUGCAUUCGAUCCUAAUCAAAAACUUGAAGAACGAGAUCACGAAGAAGGUUCAGGUGCCGAACUGUGAUGAGAUUUUCUAUGCUGGCACGGGGAACCUGUUACUGAGAGAUGCAGACUCCAUCACCCUCUUUGACGUGCAGCAGAAGCGGACUCUGGCCUCGGUGAAGAUCUCCAAGGUGAAAUAUGUCAUCUGGUCAGCUGACAUGUCCCAUGUAGCUCUGCUGGCCAAGCAUGCCAUCAUGAUCUGCAACAGAAAGCUGGAAUCACUCUGUAACAUCCAUGAAAACAUCCGUGUCAAGAGUGGUGCCUGGGAUGAAAGUGGUGUUUUCAUCUAUACCACCAGCAACCACAUAAAAUACGCUGUGACCACAGGGGAUCACGGCAUCAUCCGCACCCUGGACCUGCCUAUCUAUGUUACUCGUGUGAAGGGGAACAAUGUGUACUGCCUGGACAGAGAAUGUCGCCCCAGGGUCCUCACCAUUGAUCCCACAGAGUUCAAAUUCAAGCUGGCAUUGAUCAACAGAAAAUACGAUGAGGUGCUGCACAUGGUGAGGAAUGCGAAGCUUGUGGGCCAGUCCAUCAUUGCCUACCUGCAGAAAAAAGGUUACCCUGAGGUGGCCCUGCACUUUGUCAAGGAUGAGAAGACCCGUUUCAGUCUGGCACUGGAGUGUGGCAAUAUUGAGAUUGCUCUGGAAGCAGCCAAGGCUCUGGAUGACAAGAAUUGCUGGGAGAAACUGGGAGAAGUGGCAUUGCUGCAGGGAAAUCACCAGAUUGUGGAGAUGUGCUACCAGCGCACCAAGAACUUCGAUAGGCUCUCCUUCCUCUAUCUUAUUACUGGCAACCUGGAGAAGCUUCGGAAGAUGAUGAAGAUAGCUGAGAUCCGUAAAGAUAUGAGUGGCCACUACCAGAAUGCCUUGUAUCUAGGAGAUGUGGCAGAGAGAGUGAGGAUCCUGAAGAACUGUGGACAAAAGUCCCUGGCCUAUCUCACAGCUGCAACUCACGGUCUGGAUGAGGAAGCUGAAAACCUGAAGGAAACGUUUGAUCCUGAAAAGGAAACGAUUCCAGACAUUGAUCCCAAUGCAAAACUACUGCAGCCUCCUGCUCCUGUCAUGCCUCUGGAUACCAACUGGCCAUUGCUGACUGUCUCCAAGGGGUUCUUCGAAGGAACAAUUGCUAGCAAAGGCAAAGGAGGUGCUUUGGCUGCUGACAUUGAUAUCGACAAUGUUGGCACUGAAGGCUGGGGAGAAGAUGCAGAAUUACAGCUGGAUGAAGAUGGCUUUGUGGAUGCUGGAGAAGGCUUUGGAGAGGAAGGUCUGGGUAAAGGACAGGAAGAAGGAGGUGGAUGGGAAGUGGAAGAAGACUUGGAUCUUCCUCCUGAGCUGGAUGUUCCUGCUGGUCCAGCAGGAGGAGCAGAAGAUGGCUUCUUUGUGCCACCCACCAAGGGCACCAGCCCAGCUCAGGUGUGGUGUAACAAUUCACAGCUUCCUGUUGACCACGUUCUGGCAGGUUCCUUUGAGACAGCAAUGAGACUCCUCCAUGACCAGGUGGGAGUAACAAACUUUGGACCCUACAAGCAGCUGUUCCUGCAGACCUAUGCCCGUGGACGUACAACCUACCAAGCCCUGCCAUGUCUCCCUGCCAUGUAUGGCUACCCACAUCGCAACUGGAAAGAAGCUGGCUUGAAGAAUGCCCUCCCUGCUGUUGGACUGAAACUCAAUGACCUGAUCCAGCGCUUGCAGCUGUGCUACCAGCUCACUACAGCGGGCAAGUUUGAGGAGGCUGUGGAGAAGUUCCGCUCCAUCUUGCUGAGUGUGCCCUUGCUGGUGGUGGACAACAAGCAGGAGAUUGCUGAGGCCCAGCAGCUGAUAGCCAUUUGUCGGGAGUAUAUUGUCGGACUCUCAAUGGAGAUCGAGCGGAAGAAGCUGCCCAAAGAGACCCUGGAGCACCAGAAGCGAAUCUGUGAGAUGGCUGCCUAUUUCACCCACUCCAACCUGCAGCCUGUCCACAUGAUCUUGGUACUGCGCACUGCUCUCAAUCUCUUCUUCAAACUCAAAAACUUCAAGACAGCUGCUACUUUUGCUCGUCGGCUGCUGGAGCUGGGUCCGAAGCCUGAGGUGGCCCAGCAGACCCGGAAGAUCUUGUCAGCGUGUGAGAAGAAUCCCACCGACACCUACCAGCUCAACUAUGACAUGCACAACCCCUUUGACAUCUGUGCUGCCUCUUACCGACCCAUCUAUCGUGGCAAGCCCGUGGAGAAGUGUCCACUCAGUGGAGCUUGCUACUGCCCUGAGUUCCAAGGGCAGAUCUGCCGUGUCACAACAGUGACAGAGAUUGGCAAAGAUGUCAUUGGGCUGCGGAUCAGCCCCCUCCAGUUCCGCUGAGGUGUGUGCCAGUCCCUGGGAGGUGUGAGAUCAGAGGGAGAUGGUCCUGUUCCACAUUGUGCUGUGAAAACAUUCACCUCCCCCCCCAUUCCAGCUUCUAGUCAUGUCCCUUCACCAUAGCUAUAGCUGUGCUGUGUCUUAACUGCUCUUCCCCACCCAGGCAUGCUGUAAUGAGCCUUUCUGCUGCUUCUAAGUAGUAAUAAUUUGGGCUCCUCUUUCAGAUCCAGUUGAUGUUGUGUAUGUGUACCGCUGCUUCCAGGCUCAUCUUUUCCAGAGGGAAUAAGGUGGCUCUUGCUGAGACCUGGGUGCAUUAUAACACACUCAAUAGGAGUUGCUCAAGAGGCAGUGCCUGCCUCUCACACUCUUUAGUGUUGUGUUUCUUAAAGAUCCUGGUGCAGCUGAGCCUGGCUCUCAUAGGAGUGUAAUACUGUCUGGAACUGGGGCCAGCACAGCCCCCUUAGAAGUGGCUGGAGAAGAGCAGCUCAGCACCCAAGUGCUUGUGUUGACUCUGUUUUGUUGUCCUAGCAGCAUUUCUCUACAUAAUCUGCCUCUGACAUGAAUAAAGUAAAUCGACUGUCCUGAUCUUCCUGUUCUGUAGCUUAGCUCUUAGAUACCACGUUAUACUUCCUCUUUUCCUGCCACUCACCCCACCCCUUUGUGCUGUUAGGCUGCCAGACAAGAGAGAAUUUUGACAUUUCCAGAAACUAGAGACUGCAGUAUUGAAAUAAUUAGUCAUGCUGGCAGGGGCUGCUUCUGCUAAUUCUUAAUGUGUAAAUGCUACUGCCCAUGCUCCAACUAUCCUCGUGUUCAUUACCCUGUGCAGUUGUACCAUGGGGUGCUGCUGUGCCUUUCCUCGUGGUACAGAGCAGACUGGAGGCUCCUCCUCGUUGGGCAGGUUGCACUUUGGAGCAGUGAUGAGUGAGAACACGUUCUUGCAUCAGCACAGAGCCUAGAGCUCCUGCUCCCCCUGGGGCUGGACUAAUUGCCUAGUACUUUCUGCGAAAUAAAGCAAGGCUUUACGAUA